AUGAGAGGACGUUUCUCUGUGCUACGCACUUUUUAUUUAGGUUUAACCGGGAACAUGAACGAAGCUAACUCGUUCAUAGCAGAACGCGAUGGUUCAAGUUGCAGUAACAAGAGAAGUUACAGCUCAUACAGCAGUGGAUAUUCAUCAAGUUCCAGUGAGAAUUCAGUCAAAAAAUAUUUUAAAAGAGAUUUGAAUACUUCUAGCAGUAAAUAUACUAGAGUAAAUUCUAAUAAAAUGAAUUACUAUUCAUCAAGCUCAAGCAGUUCGGAAUCAUAUUCCACCGGAUCAAGAUCAUUUUCAUCCUCCAACAAUGGUGGGUUUAAAAAAGAUCGAGACGGUCGUGUAGAUAUUUAUACUGAUGGAGCUUGUACUUCCAAUGGUUCCAAAAAUGCAAGAGCUGGUAUUGGCGUUUAUUUUGGAGAUGAUCAUCCUUCAAAUGUUUCGAAGCCAGUACAAGGUCGUAUAACAAACAACAGCGCUGAAAUAGAAGCUGUAAUCGAAGCAGCGAAAGUUGCCAAAGAUAAUGGCAUAAAUAAAAUAAGAAUCAACACUGACUCUCAAUUUUUGAUAAAUUGUCAAACCAAGUGGAUGAACAAGUGGAAAGCCACUGGAUGGGUAACUUCCAAAAAAGAGCCUGUUUCUAACAGAGAAGAGCUGCAAAAAAUGGACCGAGUCCUGUCUGAGCUUGAUGUUGAGUUUAAUCACGUUCGAGGACACAAAGGCGUUUAUGGAAACGAAAUGGCUGAUAAGUUAGCCCGAGCUGGUGCCAAACAAUCGAAAUGA